GUCAAUGAUUAGCUCUUGGCGACAGGAGCCGAUCGUUUCUCUCUCUUUAGUUCUCCCCCCCACCCAGCCAACAACAACUUGAACCGGGCGCAUAUCGUUAUAGGUCCCGUCGCCCGUCCUUUUUCUCUCGAGUGGUGCUCGUUAUCCUCACCUUUUUUUUUUCUCCGACCAGACAAAUAGAGAAAGACACACCCAAACCUCAGCAGCUGCAGCGCAGGCUGAUGUGCGAAAAAAUUAUUCCGGCCAAAUAAUUAAGAGGAGAGAAAUUAAUUUUUCCUUCGAUUGGUUUUCUUCAUAUUUCCCUCAUCUGUGAUAAGUGGAGGAGGGGAUUUUUAACUGGUCGACUCUUGAGUUUCUCCGACCUGGUGGUGGUGGUGGUGUUAAUCGCAACUAAUUGGGGGGUUUGCGAUUGAGAGGCGCACAAGUGGGAAAAUUUAGUCGAAGAAGAAAUUAAAAAUUUCAAAAAAUGAUGGUGUUGGCGCGUUUAAUGAAGAAGGGCUCGAUGCUGUCGCUCAAGCGCCAAUCGAUCAGCAAAUCGGUGGAAGAGGAAGACGACUUCGACGAAGAAGAUGAACAUUUCGCGCUGGAGCCUCUCUACCAUAACAGCAUCUCGGCCGAGGCCCAGUCGACGCCAUCUAGGGGCAGCCGCACCAUCCGCUUCAGCGUCGAGUCGACGGUGGACGACCGCCAGUCGACGCAGUCGACUAUUAGCAGUUUCUCCCAGAAGAUGGCGAGGCGGCCGACCAUCCCCGACACUUGGUGGAUCUCCUACUACCUGCAGAAGAGGAGCGACGUGCCGCCACCAAGGAUCGUCCUCCGCUCCGACAAGCACGACUACCGUAAUCCCGACAGCAACUACACCGACGACAUUGUCGACUCGCUGCGCCAAAAGCUCCUGGAAGACACGGAGGAGCUCGACCUCCAGCACCGGCUCAAUCCGUUCCUCUCCAAGGAUUUCUUGAAGACGCUGCAGAGCUUCGGGCUCUUCCCCGAGCCGGAAGAGGAGGAAGAAGAGGAUAGAGAAAUUGUUGAAGGUGAGCAGCCGGAAGGAGCGGCCGCCGCUGCAGACGCUGCCGAGGGGGACCAUGCGGAGGAGAAUGCGGAAGACGGAAAGGCGGAAGGGAUGCGGAGGAGGACUAGGAGCGACGCCAGCAACGUCGUCAGGUCGGCAACCCCUUCGGUGAGGGCCUCAUCCGACGAGGAUCUCAAGUCGAAAACCCAAAAUUUGCUAACCGUUCCGGUUGAGAAGAGAGGCAGUUCCAUGGAGGACAAUGUCCACCGGCCAGCCGGGACAAUGUCCCGUCGGACCAGCAUCAUCAGCAAUGCCGCCCAGCACAUUUUGAAUUCCCGCCGAAGAUUGUCGCAGAAGCGAGUCAGACGCUGGACGAUCACGGCCAUUUCAUUGCGAUCCCUCCACCGCAUCGCCAAACGGAUUCCGGGCUCGGCCGAUUCCAACUACUCGCAGCCUUCGUCGGAUCUGUCGCUGGACGAUGAACGUGAAGCGCUCCGUCGGGAAACCGAACGCCUGGCCCUGGCCCAACUCGACAAAGCAAGAACCAAACCGGUGGCGUUUGCCGUGAGGACCAACGUAUCGUACGACGGGACGAUCGAUGAUGACUCGCCCGUCCACGGCAGUGCCGUCUCCUUCAACGUCCGCGAUUUUUUACAUAUCAAGGAGAAAUACGACAACGACUGGUGGAUCGGCAAUCUAGUCAAGGAGAAUUCGGAUGUGGGUUUCAUACCCAGUCCGGUCAAGUUGGAGGCGUUGCGCGUGCAACAACAGGGACAGCAGCAGCAGGUGAGGAAUUCCCGGUUGUACGCCGGCAAGGCCUCCUCUUCGUCCAACCUCAGCGCCCUCAACGAUGUCCUCUCCAAUAGCAAAAGCUCCAAUUCUCGUGGAUCCACUCCGCCCACACCAGGAGACAACUCCGACUCGAUGGGCGGCUCCAAAUUGAACAAGAGCGGGUUACCGGGCGGCGGGGCCGGUUCAAAGGAAAAGCGUAAACCUUUCUUUAAGAAGACGGAAUCGAUCCCGCCGUAUGAUGUGGUGCCUUCCAUGAGACCCGUGGUGCUGGUCGGGCCGUCGCUCAAAGGCUACGAAGUCACCGAUAUGAUGCAGAAGGCUCUCUUCGACUAUCUCAAGCACCGCUUCGAAGGGAGGAUCAUCAUAACGAGGGUGAGUGCAGACAUUUCACUGGCCAAACGCUCGCUGCUCAACAAUCCUUCAAAGCGGGCGCUUAUGGAGCGGUCCAACUCACGUUCCAACUGCAUUGCCGAAGUCCAGGCAGAGAUUGAACGAAUCUUUGAGUUAGCCAGAACUCUUCAGUUGGUCGUCCUGGAUUGUGAUACGAUCAAUCAUCCAUCUCAAUUGGCCAAGACCUCGCUGGCACCUUUGAUAGUUUAUCUGAAGAUCUCCUCCCCAAAAGUGCUUCAGCGGUUGAUCAAAUCACGGGGCAAGUCGCAGAGUCGUAACCUCAACGUCCAGAUGGUAGCGGCCGAGAAGCUGGCACAGUGCCCUCCCGAGAUGUUCGAUAUCAUCCUGGAUGAGAACCAACUGGAAGAUGCCUGCGAACACAUCGCCGACUACCUCGAGGCCUACUGGAGGGCCACCCAUCCGCCGAUCAAGACGCCGCCGCAACCCACCGUACCACGGCCGCAGGUGACGGCCAGUGUCACGGCCACAUCACCCACACACCAUCCGGAUCACCACUCUCGAUUAGCGGCCGGACGGAACGUUGCCUCUCCGCCAGCUGUCGAAGUGCCGGAAUCUUACGGGAGAAUGCGUAGCAGUAAAGCAAUCGGGUUAGACGGUAUCACCCCGGAUAUUCACAUUGGUGGCUUACCAUUCAACCCGAGGCCGUCCGUCGCGGAGUAGUGACGCCGAACAAGACGAGGACUUGGGUCCUUCGCCGUUGCCGCCUCAGCAGCAUCACCACCAUCAACUUCAUUCGCAACAACAGCAUCAUCCGCAAUUACAGCGGACUCAUUCGCGAGAUUACGACUCUCGGGACUACCGUGAGAUGCGUGAAAUGCGUGAUCCUCGGGGUGAAAUGCGUGACUACCAUCACCAGAGGGACUACCACGAUCACCAUCCAUCUCACCAUCAUCAUCAGCAGCAGCAGCAGCGACACCAACAACAAUCACACCACCUCCACCAGCAACAGCAGCAACAACAUCAUCAUCAACAACGCGAAUGGGACGACGUCGACGAUAUGCCGGUUGUGCCAGUGGUCGGAGCGUCUGGUGGGGGCCGUGUUCUCCAGCGGCAUCACUCGCGGGAGUCGGAUUACCCACAGUCGCCUGUCCAUCGCAACGUGAGGCGAACGCCAGCCAACCCCAUCUAAUUAAAGAAAAUUAACAAAGAAAUAGUUCACCGACAAUUGUGCUCGAACGACCUUAUCAAAAAAGAGUCUUUCUGUUCUUUCUCUUCGUCUGGUGCUGAACGGAUUCUGACAAAUUUCGUGAAAAACGGAGAGGAAAACACUUGAUCGCAAAACCAAACCAAAAAAGAGACAAAUGAAUAAUGAGAAAAAACAUGUUGCUAUUUCCCCAUCUCUCUAUCUCUCUCUUUCUCUUUUUUGAUUUUUGUCUUUUUCUUCCUUAAGAAAACAAAAUAUUCUUCGUAUUUAUUUGGCGCGGUCAACGUCCCGCUUCUUUAGGUUUUCAGUUGGUUCGGAACAUUCGGCGAUUUUGGACGUAGCAGCCAAGUGGAUGGAUCAGAUGAAGAGUCGCUGAAUGGAUUUGGAAUUUCCUUUUCUUUUCUUUUUUUUUUUUUUUAAAUUCAUUUCCUCGUGAUUUGCUCCUUUUUCAAAUCAUUCAAAAUCCGCGUUCCUCCCCUCUCCUCAUCCCGUGUAAACGUCUUUCACGCAGCCUUACACACCACACCACACCGAUACUGACCACUCCGACCUUGAUUUGAUUGAUCCUUUGAUGAAAUUCUAGUCAUUAGAUCAGCGACCAACUGUUUCCCUAACAUUUCUUUUUGAUUUAUUCAUUCAUUUUUUUUAUUCAAAUCAAACAUUUCUUUUUAGGGAAGUCAUCGACCAUUUUUUGGAAUUUAUUGAACUAGUCACACAUCUAGUUUUUUUUCUCUCCCGUUUGUCUCGUUAGCCGAGCAAGCAAAAACUAAAUUUUUUAUCUGCAGUGAAAAUCGCCGAUUCGGUGACUUUCAGUUUCUGCCUAUAAAAAAACAAAACACGAUAGUCAAUUUUAUAAAUAAAUUCCCGAUAGAUUUUUUGCAAGGAAAAUGUUUUGAUGCUCGCUAUUUGUAAUUGUUCAAACAUUUUCGCAACCAACCAAAGAUCAAACCUUUUUACAUUUUUUAGUGUCCAACUUUUUUUCUAAAGCCCCUGGAUGCAGCAGCUUCCCCCUCCUCCUCCCCUCCCUUUUUCAAAUAUUUUUGCAGAAAAUUCAAUAACUUUUUUAAAUUCCUUUUUUUUUUUACGGCACUUUGGUCGUUGGCUUUAUAUAAAUGCCUAAAUGACGCAAAAUUUGGAUAGGUACAUAUCGUUCGAUUUUGUUUCCCCUUGAGUUGGUCCUAUAUUCGGUUGCCACACUGUUGUCAGGUUCGUGAAAGAUGGAAGAUUUUUUGGGUUUUAUUUCGGAGUGGAACGACCUCGACUUCCUUUUUCCUUUUGGGUCUUUUUUGUAUUUCAUUUGAAUUGUUUUUUUCAAAAUUCCCGCCGCUUUUUGGGUCUCCCCGCCCUCGAAUGCCAUCUGUGAAUGGUGUUGUGAAAAACUACUACUAAUAUAAUAAUAAUAAAUAAUAACUAAAAAAGAAAAAAAAUAUUAUACUAUGCUGUAUAAAGAUUUAUACAUAAAUAUUGUGACGACCGUAGACUCUGGCAGUCCUCCCCCUUUAUACAUAAAUACAAUCGCUCUUCAAUUCAACAUUUUUUUAAAGCUACAAUUUAA